AUGCAAUAUGGUCUUGAUUCCGCGGUCGUCGGCAGCUUGCAAGCCAUGCCUGGAUUCCUUGCAGUCUUCGGUUACCCCGAUGCAAAUGUCGCCGGCGGAUACGGAAUAGAAGGGACAUUUCAACGCUUGAUCGGCUCUCUCUUGACACUAGGCGCGUUUCUGUCUUCCCUCGUCGCUGGACUCUUCGCCCACUUCUUUGGCCGCAAGGUUGCGCUGUGGCUCGCAUGCGUGCUCAACGCAAUUGCGUGUGUCAUUCAAAUGGUCACAGAGAACAAGGGCGCUAUAUACGUCGGCCGGUUGAUACUAGGCCUUGCAAAUGGCUUCUUGGUCACCUUUUCGAAUAUAUACACCGCAGAGGCAGCUCCGGCGCAUCUAAGGGCAGUUAUGGUCGCCUUGUUCUCUGAAUGGGUCAAUAUCGGCAGCAUUGUUGGGUCAGCUGUUACGAAUGCUACGAAGAAUCGACUCGACAAAGCUUCGUAUCAGAUUCCCCUGGGAACGUUGUUUAUCGUCCCUGUUUUCCUAGCGAUCGGUCUCUUUUUUGUUCCCGAAUCGCCUAGACACCUGCUAUAUAGGGGCCAAACCGUGGCUGCUCGUAACGCCCUGGAGACCCUUUGCGGCGAUUCACUGAGUCAGGAUGAUUUCGAGCUUGAAUGGAUGGAAAUGGUCCAAGGAAUCGAGGAGGAAAAGCGGACUGCGCAGACCAUUGGCCCAUUAGACAUGUUUAGAGGCACUGACUUGAGGCGCACGUUACUGUGUUAUGGAGUUAUCGCUACCCAAACAGGGGCCGGGUCCUGGUUUGUGAUAAGCUACGCGACAUAUUUCAUGAUUGUUUCGGGCCUGACCGUUGAAGAGGCUUUCAAAUAUUCUGUUAUGAAUACAUGCCUUGGAUUCAUUGGCGUCAACAUCGGCAUAUACAUUAUGCGGCAUCUUGCAGGGCGGCGAACGGUACUGAUGACUGGCGCCGUCUUUCAAGGGCUAUGCAUGCUCGGCAUGGCCAUUCCAGCGACUGUAGCUCCAGGAACCGUCACCGCAAGAACUUGCCUGAUUGCGUUCACUGCGCUAUUUAUGUUUGCCUACAACGCUUUUGUGGGAGAUGCCACCUAUCCGACCUCUACGGAGAUGGUGAGCACACGGCUUCGAUCCUGGGCAGUUGGUUCUGCUAUCAGUUUGGGUUAUAUUUUAGCUUGGUUGACGGGAUUCUGUUCCCCGUACUUCAUCAACCCGGAAAAUCUUAACUGGGGGGCCAAAUAUGGCUACAUAUGGGCCGGGUCGAACCUUGCCUGUUUUGUUUUCUUCUAUCUGUUUGUCCCGGAGACUAAAGGGCGCACUUUGGAGGAGAUCGACCAGCUUUUUGCAAAUAGAGUUUCUGUCCGCGACUUCAAGACAUUCAAGACAACCAUCGCGGACGAGGCGCUGAGAGAAUUGCAGAACAAAACUGAUUCAGAAAAACCUGCUGUGGAUCAUAUAUCCUAG